AUGCGUUUCCCGCUGUUCAGUGGUCUCUUGCGGAGUCUCUUGGCGCCGGCUUACAACCGAGCUGAAGUCCUCGCGAACAUGAGAGCAUAUCCAUCCCGCGGAGAGGGGUUCUUAGACGACAUCACGAAGGAGAAGCAUCUGACCUUGACCCACAUAUUCGUGGGAUACGACGCUGAAAGCCAGGGUCGACGUCUCACCGUCACAUCGACAAACGUUCACCCACCACGAACUACCAGCUUCACGAUCCUGCGAUACGCGACAGGAGCUCUGUUGUCGUCAAUCAACACGUCUCACUGUCUUAUGCAGUCAGCAUGGCCCCUUUGCUCACUAGCCACACUUGCAUCCUUUCCGCUCAGCUGCAAAUUCGAAGAAUGCGGUAGCAUCGGGCCCUCCGGCUGCCCUGGUACACCUAGAGAUCGUGGUCAAUAUCAGAGUGACUACUCUGAUGCCGGUAUAUCACGUGGUGAGCUGUGCUUCAUCUUCAGUUGUAUUCGCUUUGGUUGUAGCGACAUAGCCUCAACGAUGCGAUUCUUUCCAGGCUUUCACGCACAAAGAUAUUUGGUGAACGUCUUUGAUAGUCGAACAAUGGCACUGCUCGUGAAUGGCUUUCGACGGAAACGGCACGCCCUGAAUCCUAAACAAGAUACCUCCUCACUCCAUUCCCACGAAUUAUCGUAUCCGGACGACUCGAGGGCAUACCUGAAACGCGCGCAGAGCCUAAGCCACAUGGGGACAGACAUGAGCAAGAACGGACAACAAACUACUAACAUGAAUCUGCAGGAGCUCCCUACAGAGAUAGUCGAGAGAAUAGCUGGAAACCUGGACAUCGUUUCUCUCGGCGCCUUCCGGGCCGCUAGCAGGACUAUUCAAGCAAAGACAACUAAGACUUUCGCCGAAACCGUUGUCCCAUACCACACACUCACGGUUCCUCUGACACUACCCGGCUUGCAAGCGGCUUUGAACGCACUUCGCUUCGAUGACAUCGCAGAGCAGGCUCUCCAUGUUGAUUUUAGGGGCAAGUUCCAUCUCAACGGUCGUCCAAAAGGCCUAGUUGACCGUGAAAGGUUCACGCAGCUACUGAGAAAAUUGUUCGAACGACUUCAGUCUCUGCAAUCUGUCGAGAUUCACUUUUACGCUCGCGGGAAUUUUCAGGGACCUUUAGAAGUCGUGGCUGCCUUGAUCGAACAGCCUCUACCUCGACUACACUCGCUGAAGCUCAAUCACUUCGCAAUCCCUAUCGCACGCCUGACAGACCUUCUCAAUACAUACAAACCGACCCUCAGGCAUGUCUUAUUGUCGGAACUGUGUGCAUGUGACGGCUCCGGCGAAUUUAGCAGGGCGACUUUGCUUGCACACAUACGAGACAAUAUGAGCUUAAACAGCUUGCGCAUUGAUCAUGCCAAUGGCGCCCCACAGCCAUAUCGAUCUCUUCUCCUUGAGCGCAACCCAAGGCACUUCACAAGAGUCAAUCGUGCUAUGAGAGAUCCUGACACGAGAGAAAUCUCGCAUUACACUUUCACAACAGCCCAGACCAAUAUGUUUGGGAAGCGCGCGGUGACGCUCGGCCUCAAUCAGUGUCUUCGGGAAUUUGGGAGCAAGCUGUACGACCCAAAACUUCCAGAGAAGUGA